AUGAGUGACAACGACGCAAAGAUGGCUGCAAGCUCGUCCUCUCCAAUGAGCAUGUCAGCACAGAGCCCCAUCACUCAACCCACUGACCACCAUCAAAUCUCUCCCAACACCAACAACAACACCACAACACCAUCAACCCAAGACCCCAACAAACGCAGCAGAGGACGACCACGCAAAUACCACACCGAUGCCGAGCGCGAAGAAGCCAAACGCCGGUAUCGCGAAAACCACAAGACCAAAGCUGCUUCAUCUGGAGGUGCGACUGCAGGAGGUAACGGUGCUCAUGCUGCAAACCCGACCGCUGCGGCUGCUGCUGCUGCAUCUUUUUCGGGGAUCGAUGUUGCUAAGCAGCAGGAUGUGGAUGAGCUGUGGGAGGCUAUCAGGGUGUUGCAGGAUGAAGUCAGAGAGUUGAAAGAGCAGUUGGCAGAGAGGGACGCUGCUGCUGCUGCUACUGCUCAAGCUGGACAGAAGCGUAGGAAAGCUUGA